GCCGUGCUCCCAGUCUCCCCGCUCACUCUAACCUCCCUCCGUCUGGAGACCACAGCACCCUCGACACCCUCAGGAUCCAGCUCAAAGCCCUGAAACCGGGGUUCCUUUAGCUCUGCACCUGGGGGAACGUUUACCUGACGGGGUCAAGUGGACACUUUUUGGUGUUCAGAACUUUUUUCAAGUGUUGACUGGAAACUUUUCAUGAGCUCAGGUGUUUGAUUCAGGACACACUCCUGUGCCUCGAGUAAGGUGUUGUAAAAAUCUUUGGGAAGGAAUUUUACCUGCAGACUGAGGAGGACAGCAGGAUGGACCUCUCUUAUUUUUUGUUCCUCGCCACAACUCUGAUGUUGAUCCAUCAGCAUCAAGCCUCUACCUUCUCUGUUACGAGCCCCACGGCGGAGGAGGGCCCCCUGGUACAGCUCACCCACACGGCCCACCGGCGUGAGAAACGCUGCUCUUGUGAGAACCAGAAAGACAAGGAGUGUAUUUUCUUCUGUCACAUCGGCAUCGUCUGGGUCAACACGCCGAGUCACCUGGUUCCUUAUGGAUUUGGUUCAGUCCGACUCAGGAGGGACCUCAGACGCUGCCUCUGCACAAACACUCAGGAUGCCGAGUGUUCGAGUUUCUGCUCCGUCCGGACGCAAACAGAAGCGGAAAAUCCUGCGGUGACGAGGAAGACUGACAAACAGCUGAAGAGAUACAGAGGUGCAUUCUGGGAAAAAAGGAGCCGGCACACACUCAAACACCAAACCUGAGAGACGGGAGGAACAACACAACAAGUCCUGUACGCAUCAGAAUUAACACAGAUGGACCCUUUUGUUUGUCUCUAAUGACACUUUGGACAUGUACAGUGUUGUUAAUGAAGUAUUAGAUAGGAGUGCUGAACACUGACCAGCUCAUCUUUACAACAUUUGGCUGAUGACACACAGGGAGGGAGUUGAACUUGUGACCUUUCUUUCUGCUACCGGAUGAUCUCAGCUGAUUUGUAGCACUGAGGGACGAUGAAAAAAUAUUUGACUUGAGGCUGCGGUAACACCGCCUCGAGGAGAAAGGCCCUGAAAUGUUCAACGUUUUGGUAUUUUAAUGGUCACACAGCUGAAAACCUCACAGCUCCACAGUCACAAGUCGUUUUCAGACGCACCUUCAUGUUUGUUUUAAAUAAAAGACUUAUCUAACUUUAAACCACAGUGAGGAACGCUUCCAUACAAAGAAUUAAAGACUUUUUAAACUUUAAACCACAGUGAGGAACGCUUCCAUACAAAGAAUAAAAGACUUAUCUAACUUUAACGCGCUGAGGCCACGACUUCAGUGUUAGGGCCACAAAAAUCUGAGAUUUGAAGAAUGAAGUUAUUUUGAGCAAAAAGUUGCGUUAUGAGGAAUUUUGAUAUAAUCUAUAAAAACCUGAUGACAUAACAUAACAUGAUUAUUUUUCUCAAAACAGUCCAACUUAUUUGGAAAGUCCUACAGAUAGUUUAAAGAGUGAACAUUUCUGUCUGUACAUGAAGAUUCAUUUUGGUUGACAGUUGUUGUAUCCUGAACAAAACUUGUUAAAGUACGAGAGCUCAUUUGGUGGAAAAGGGGUGGAGCAUUCAUUUUACCUCUGUCACAUCUUUUAAAUGCUACAUGCACCAAGAACCAAGAGUUGUUAAAUUUCCAUUAAUGAAUUGAAAUAAGUCUUACCAAACUUCAUUUUCCAAAUCUCAGAUGAGUUUUAGUCUUAGGCUGUGAUCUUCUACAUUUAACAUUGUGACAAAGAAUAAGCUAUUACAGCAUUGUGCUGAGUAUAAUGUGAUGUGAGUGGUUUCUUGAAAUCUGAAUUUUAACUCUUUACUGUGCACAGUCAGGAAACUAUGAUGAAACGUUCACAGAAAUGGAUCACGGUAUGUUUCAGCGUCCUGAAAACGAAACCUUCUGAAGUUCUGAACAGCGGGUCACAUCUGAACUGGAGUUUUGAGGUUUUCACAUGACAAGAGUGUCUUGAAGCUGUCGGUCAGUCGUUUUAUUCUCAUACAUGUUUUUGUCUGAAUGUGAAUCAGAAUAUAUCUGUGUCAGUUUUAGAAUAAUACUUUUACUUAUUCCUCCAACAAGUGUCCCGGGAACUGACGCAAAGAGACGUAGAAAUAUACAACAGAAAUAUUUAUUUGCUGUACAAUGAAGUAUACUCGCAGUGUGUAAUCUAUGGAAUAUAACUAAACUGGUUUAGAGUACUGCUUCCUCAGCAGUCUGUCACUGGAGGCAGGUAGUGGUUUGACCUUUGACCAUCACCUGAGCAGCUGUAGUCAUGUGACCAGUCUGCAGCUUAUGCAGCCGUGUCUUUACAAAGAUACACAGAAAACUGCAGCGCUCCACAUGUUGGAAACGUUUGUUUUUCUGUUUCACACCUUCGAGCUUCUUUUCAUGACGUCGUCUUGUUGUGUCCUCUCAUUCUAGUUUCCUGAUGAGAGAAUUGGCGCCACCUACUGUUUACCUUGUAAACCAGCUCCUACUAAUCACACCAAAUUAGUGGACGGAAACAGGCGUCCGUUCACAUUACUAAAAAAUGUGUAAAACUUUUUUGACAUAUUUGGAUUGAAACACAAAUUAUUUCUUCUUUUAAAGCUUCACCUGUGCAAACAAAGUCAAAGUACUGAUUAGAAUCCAUAGAUACCUUCUGAUAAAGCACCUUCAGUCCUCCAGCAGCACGUCAUGUGAUGCCUGACAGAGGUCACAGUGAGCUCAUGAAGUUUCAGACGAUCAUUUUUAAUUUGACAAGUCGUGAGCUCAGAGUCACUCAGUGACAAAUGAACAGGAUCAUCGAUCUGACGUGUUUCAGUUCCAGUCGUGUUGCUUU